AUGCCUCGACUUUACGGUGGAGUGGAUGGGGGUGGAGGUAGCUCCAGUUUUUCUGUCCUCGACGAAAAUGGAAAAGUUGUCGCUCAAAGUGAGGGUGAAUGUACUAAUCAGUGGCUAGUAGGGAUAGAUAAAGUGCUAGAAAGUGUAGAAGAAAUGUGGAAAAAAGCAUUUGAAAGCAAAUCAAUGGAACCAGUGCAACUAGAGGGGCUAGGAUUAUCUCUGUCGGGGGUGGAGGCGACCCAUGUGAAGGAGGAGAUUAUCGAGAAGAUGAAAACAAGGUACUCUCAUGUUACUAAGAAAACUAUCCCUGUUAAUGACAGUUGUGGAGCUGUCUUCACCGCAUUCAAACAUGGUGGCAUAGUGAUAAUAGCAGGAACAGGAUCCAACUGUCAGCUUAUAUCAUCGGAUCUGGUUCAGCAUGGGUGUGGGGGUUGGGGUCAUCUUCUAGGUGAAAAGGGUAGCGCGUACUCGAUAGCACACAGACUUGUAAAAGCAGUGUUUGAUGACCUGGACUGCUUUGAAGAGCCUGCCUAUAACACUGAUGUGGGUAGGAAACUGGUGUGGGAGUAUUUUGGAGUUGAUGAUCAGAUGAAUAUGUUGCAGUUUUAUUACACUAAGUUUGAGAAGGCUCACAUUGCUGGUCUUACGAAUAAAAUAUCAAAGGUUGCAAGAGAACAAAAGGAUCCGUUACUGUUAUCAUGUUUUGAGUUGGCAGGAGCACAAUAUGCCAAGAUGCUUACUGGAGUCAUUAAACGUUACAGGAAGGAGAAAGGCGAGGAUUACAGAGGACCUGAUGAGUAUAUAGACGUGGUGUGUAUGGGAGGAGUAUUCGAGUCUUGGGACCUUCUCGAACUAGGGUUCAGGGACCAGUUCAACCAACAAUCUUACAUUACAAAAGUUCGCCUGUACCGUCUUGAAGCUUGUGGAUCCUUGGGAGCGGCUAGAUUAUGUGAUCCCCGCUUAGAACUCGAUUACAACAAGAAUACCCGGCUAUUUUGUGAGAUUGUUAAAAAAUAAGAUCGGACUUAGGAAUAGGAUACGAUUAAAAUUGUUUUUAUUAUUGGCUUUUGAGGAUAGUAUGUAAAGUAGAUGUGAUUGAAGUAAAGAUAUUAUGUAAUAUACAUAUAUGUAUAAUAGAUGUCCGAAUGUUAUGUUUAUUCUUUAGCGUAUGUUAUAUUUAUUCUAGAAAAUUUGGUGUUUUUUUGAAGGUUUUACCGAACAUUGUUUCGAAAGAAGAUUAAUUUCAGUAAAGUAUUCUUGUGUUAUUACCCAACCUCAUUUAUAUAUUGGUCGGAUUUGGGUUGGGUUUCGGUCGGAUUUGGUCGGGUUUUGGUUGGGUGUUGGUUGGGAUUAGUUAAUUUAAAAUCGAAUAGUUGGGCUCUUUUCAGUCAGAAUAACGUUAUUUAGGUUCUUAAUUUGUUUAAAUCAAAGAAAUUUCCCAUUUAGAGUCUGACAGCGAUCGCGUUUAUCUCAAUGUUGAUCAAUUAACUAAUGGCAUUAUCAGUACUUACACUAUCUACAAAUUAAGUUGUCUGAUUAAGUUUUUUUUUGAAAUCUCGUAGAUCUCGUAAGGCCGAGUGUGAGUUUUUAAUUUUGGUUGAAACUUUAAGAACUGACAAAAGGUAAAAUCCUGACAAAGAAAGUUCUCAACACUUCGUGCUCGGGGUUGGUAAUGGCACAAUUUAUCCUUAUUAUUUGUAAAACCAGAUGUCUUAGUGAAAACCAUGACCUACCGGGCCGAGGUCAUUUCCCCCCAAAUGACGGCUUAUUUUACAUAUAACGUGAACAAUCAAAACCCCCAGUUUUCUGUAAACCCUAAUUUACCGCAGCAUUUCUCUUCCUCGAAACUCUGUGGUAAAUUGGAGUUAAACUGCCCUUUGUUUUUCGUAUGGGCUUAGUUUGAGCUAUCGUAUGUAUAAUCUUUCAAGAACGCAGAAAAUACGUGCGAUCUCUGCUCGACUCAAAUCCGUCAAAUUUUAUUAAAACAAACUUAAGAUAUUAUCAAAUAAGAUAUGAUGACUAAUUUAUUGAUUUUUAGUUUUUACGCAAUCGGAAUAUAGUGUUUGUGUGGGAUUUUAAGUUAAUUAGAUUGAUUUUAAGAUACCACUGCACAUUUAACAAUUUGAUUGACCUUUUAGACCAAGACCAAACUUAAAUUUGUAGAAUGACAUUAACAUAUAAUUUUUACAGUUAAUAUAUAACUGCAUGUUAGUUUGUAUUUAGUUCUUUGUAGAGAUUUAUGAGCUUUUUUCUCGAUGUAAAACAAAAAUGAAACAUUCAUUAU